UCCCCAAUCAGUAUUCGCCACUCACGGAAACAACUUGUUUUCCCAAAACAUUCACAAACUAAUUGUUUUCGCCAGUUUUUCGCACGCGUUCGCGACGAUAAAAAUAAAAUACCUUAAUUGCAACGCAACUACCACAUAAUCACCAUAUAUAUUCCAGCUAGAAACAAGUACAUAACUAGAAAUAAGGUAACCUAAAAAUUAAAACCAAACCAAACUAAAGCAAAGUAAAGUAAAGUAAAUUAAAAAAAAACGGAAAAUUGACCUAUAAUCAUCCAUAUCAUCAUCACAAUUGUAUUCAAAUCGAUUCAUUGAAUAUGAAUGAAUAACAAAACGGAAAUAAAUAAAAGCUGACCAGGAAGUGUGUUUACUUUGCAGUUUGCCAUCAGUCAUCAACUCCAUUACAACCACUACAACAUCAGUAAACACACACAGAAAAAAAAAUGGCGCUAGUAUCAAGCAUAUCAAACUGGUACCAUCAAAAUGUCGUCCUCGGAGGUGACCCACGUACAAAAGGAUGGUUCAUGGUGGAUUCACCAAUACCUGUGUUUUUUAUCUUGGUCGGAUACUAUCUGUUUGUUCAAAAGAUUGGCCCAUGGAUUAUGAAAGACCGUAAACCCAUGGAGUUACGUGGAAUUAUGUUGGCGUAUAAUGCUGUUCAAGUUGUGUUAUGUCUUGGAUUUUUAUACCAUAUAAAAGAAAUGCCGUUCAAAGAAAACUGGAUCUGUUGUGAAAGACUAACAGACGACCAUGACCGGAACUACAAAAUGGCCGCCAUGGGCUGGUUUUAUUACAUGGUUAAAUUCAUAGACUUAAUCGACACGAUUUUCUUUGUCCUGAGGAAAAAACAAUCACAUAUUACAUUUUUACAUCUCUUUCACCAUAUUUCAAUGGUGACUGUCUCAUGGGCCUUGAUGAAAUACAUUUCCAGUGGAGUCCUGGCAAUUGGGCCCUUAUUAAAUAUGUGGGUGCAUUCAUUCAUGUACACAUAUUACUUUGCUGUGUUGUACUAUGGUAAAAUAAGUCUCUUCUGGAAGAAACUCAUGACAAAAAUCCAAAUUGCGCAGUUUUUGAUCGGCACGUCGAUCUUCAUCGUGAACUUCGCCAAUCCGUACUGCAACUUCCCGAAAUUGUUAUUGGUGCCGGUGAUAAUGCAUGGAUGCUCAUUUAUUUACCUCUUCAGCAAGUUCUAUUACAACGCGUACAUCCGCAGCCCGCUGAAACAGAAAAGUAAUUAGUUGGAGAUAGAUUUAAAUAUUUAAUAUGCGAUAAUUUCUAAUGAUUUGUAAAGCUUAUUUAAUGACGUUUUAAUGUAUCGAGGACAAUGUACAUUAAAAAUUAUACCGUUCUA